UCAGAUCAUCUGUGACACAUAUAUUCACCUUUGUUCACAGACGUUUAAAGAGCGUGCAGCAGAGAUUACAGCGCAGAUAGAGGCAUUCGCCAUACAGAAGAGGGUCGCCGGCAACGAGUGCUCGGAGCUGCGUACUACUAUUACUGAUAGAAAAAGCAGGAUACGGCAAUUGCAGGUGCGAUAUGACAGCAGUGUUGCGACAAUAGGUACUACCAUGGAUGGGGCGCCGAUGAGCACCGCAUACUUAAAGAUACAAAGUGUUCAAGAGCGGUACAUGCUGCGAGAACAAGGCGACAAGUUGGACGAAACAAUUAGACGAACAGAACAGGAAAUACGUAGCAUGGAAAACACAUUGCGUGUAGUAAACGUAUGUAACGACAAAUAUAGGGACAGUAUAAGCACGGUUGGUCAGGACGGAUCUGAGUGGACGGAACAAAACAGACUCGAUGAGCAGAUGCAUAAUGCACGACAGAAGCUAUUGCAAAAACAAACGCAACUGCAACGAUUGUUUGAUAAAUUACAGAAGACGCAGAAUGAUCAUACUCAAUUGCUCAACGAUAUUGAAAAAAGCAAAGAAGAAAAGGAUAAUAAAGAACGUUACUUAUCAGCUAUUGAGAAACAAACGGCAGAACAAGAAGAGAAGAUAUCCAGAGCCAAUAAGAGCCUUCGUAAGGUACUGAAGGAUAUACGAAAUUUGUAUAUCUCUAAAAGGGACGACACUGUGCUUAUGCAACAGAGAGAAGUGGAAUUACGAGAGCUUCAAGAACAAAACGCCCUAGUUCUUCAAGAUAUCGCGGAGUUCACAAUUCGUCAUGUAGAAGCUGAAGCGUACGUUAAGAAAUUGCUGAUAGCCAAGAACAUUGAGUUACCAUAUUUUUCUUCAUCGAUUAAAUCGCCUUGUGGUAGUUCCGCAGGCACGAUAGACCAUUUGAAGAGUACGAGUCGCAUAAGUGCCUUUACAUCAUCAAGGGAAAGUAUCAGUAGCGUAAUUAAAAUGGAGCUGCAAUUUGAGGAACCGAGUAACGCAUCGAGGAAAACUGUAAAGCAUGAUGCCGCAUCUAAAGAAUCGCUCGUUUUAUCAAAGCGAUCUACUAUUGCACACAAAAAGCAAUUAUGGAAAAAAUCAUAAUAAUAAUUUCAAUAGCAUAAUACUUCAAACUGGGCAUCUACAUGCUAGUCGACUUCAGCUAAAAUAAAUGU